AUGCCGCUGGAGCGACUAACUGACGCCGGGCGGCACGAUGCGCGAGUAGAUCAGAGCAGCGCCGCGGAAAAGAGCGACGGCGCGGGCACGGCGGACGACGGCCGGGAGGAGUACGACGCGCUGGUGGUCGGCGCAGGCAUUGCGGGAUGCGCGCUCGCUUACUCCCUCGGAAAGACGGGGCGGCGAGUGCUGGUGUUGGAGAGGGAUCUGUCGGAGCCGGAUCGGAUCGUGGGCGAGUUGCUGCAGCCUGGCGGCUAUCUCAAGCUCGUCGAGCUGGGCAUGCAAGACUGCGUGGACGGCAUCGACGCGCAGCGCGUGGACGGCUACGCGCUCUUCAUGGACGGCGGCGAUUGCAAGGUGUCGUACCCCACGCUCUCCACGUCGCAGCUGCACAUGCUCUUCGCGGGCCACCGCCUCGACUUGGCGGAGCGACCAGGCGCGGGGAGCAGCGCAGCGGGCGACGAGAUGUGGAAGGUGGCGGGGCGGGGCUUCCACAACGGCCGGUUCGUGCAGCGGCUGCGCGAGAAGGCGGCGUCGCUGCCCACAGUGACGUUGAGAGAGGCGACGGUGCUGGGCCUGCUGGAGGACGGCGACCGCGUCACGGGCGUGCGCUACCGCGCCGCCAAGCGCGCGCCGGGCAGCGCGCAGGAGGCGGGCGCGGUGGGCGGGAAGGGCGAGACGGAGGAGGGUGAGAUGCUGGCGCCGCUGACGUUCGUGUGUGACGGCUGCUUCUCCAACCUCCGCCGCUCCAUCUCCAAAUCCAAGGUGGACGUGCCGUCGUCGUUUGUGGGGCUGCUGCUGCGCGACUGCCCCCUACCGCACCCGAACUACGGGCACGUGGUGCUGGCGGACCCGUCGCCCGUGCUCUUCUACCCGGUCAGCAGCUCGGAGGUGCGCUGCCUCGUCGACAUCCCCGCCGGCACCAAGGUGCCCUCCAUCGCCUCGGGGGACAUGGCCGACUACCUCCUCUCCAACGUCCUCCCGCAGCUACCGAAGCAGCUGCAGGGGCCGUUCCGUGAGGCGGUGCGGGCGGGCGACAUCCGCUGCAUGCCCAAUCGCAUCAUGCCAGCUGUCCCCGUCACCCGCCCCGGCGCGCUGCUCAUGGGCGACGCCUUCAACAUGCGCCACCCGCUCACAGGUGGCGGCAUGACAGUGGCUCUGUCUGACGUGUCAGUGCUGACUCAGAUCCUCCGCCCGCUCAAGGACUUCCGCAACACGCGGGCGGUCUGUGAAUACGCCGAGGCAUUCUACACGCGCCGUAAGCCCAUAGCAGCGACCAUCAACACGCUCUCCAUCGCACUCUACCGGGUCUUCUGUGCCUCCAAGGACGAGGCCAUGAUGGCCAUGCGCCAGGCGUGUUUUGACUACCUGCAGCUGGGCGGGGCGUGUUCAGAGGGCCCCAUCUCGCUGCUGUCGGGGCUCAACCCGCAGCCGCUGAGCCUCGUGCUGCACUUCUUCGCCGUCGCCUUCUUUGCCCUCGCCCGCCUCCUCCUGCCCCUCCCCAAGCCCGGCCGCGUCUGGCUCGGCGCACGCUUGAUACAGGGAGCUGUGCAGCUGAUUGUGCCAAUCAUCAAGGCCGAGGGCGUACGGCGAGUCUUCUUCCCAGCUUUCUGCACCGCCACACCCUCCCUGUACCAUCCUCCUGGCGUAUCCUAUUGCUACCGACCACACUCAGAACAUCAAUUAGCGAUUAUGGCGGAGGCGGUCGCAGUAGUGCGCGCGAAGAGGAAGGCGGAGGCGAAUGGCGACAGAGAAGCUGUGCUGACGCGGUCGGAGAGUUUGCUAGACGACAAGUUCGACGCGUACGAGGCGGCCAAUUACCGCAUGUGGGUUCGAUCCAAGUCCGACGCUUCUUCCAGGCGCAAGUCUUCGGGGUCUCGCAGCCACGAGCAGCACAACUUGGACUUUUUCGAUAGCUAUGGAUACGCGCCGCAAAAUGCGGAGCUCAUGACACGUGUCGAAGAGAGCUCGUCGGUUCAUCAGGUCGCAGUGAGAGACGGGGAAGAGCAGGGUUGCGGCGGCAAGUGCGCGGAAAACGGAGCGGCAGAGAGGUUGACGGAGGAAGGGAGAGCUGGCGGAGCUGGUUCGAAGACUAGGGGUGCGCCAUUCAGCAGCGUCAACAGCAGCAGCACAAGCAGUCUCGAGAGCGCGCCGGAGGACGAGAGGGGGCUGCGGGGCUUUCUGCAAUACUGCCGCAAGAAGAUCAGGCGGGCAAGCACGCGCGCCGACGACAUCUGCGCGGAUGGCGCGGAUGGCGCGGAUAGCGAGGAUGGCGCAGAGGGCGGAGAGGGGAAGGCGGUCGCGGCGGGGGCGUUAUUGAAGCGCAGCUUGACGGAGGAUACGACGGGGAAGACCAUGGCGCGGGGCGCGCUUGACGGCUUGUCGCGCUCGGCCAGCGACGUCACUCUGCAGGACGCGGAGAUGGACGAGAUGGACAGAGAGGUGCUGCAAGGUGCGCCCAGGUUCAGAGCGGUGCUUUACUGCUUGGCGUUCCGCGCCACCUGCACCGUUCUUGCUGCUGCUCAGGCGUUUGUGCGCGUGGUGGCGCUGCAGCAGCGCGUGCAGCACUACCGCGACCUGGGCGGGUUCGUGGUGCUCAUGGCGCUCUUCAUCACCAUCCUCUACCUCCAGGCCGACUCCUCCCGCAGCUACGAAAUCACCGCCGCGCACGCCGUGCUCUUCCCCCCCGGCAUGAGUCAGGACGCCUCCAACACCUUCAACGGUCCGGACGAUUUCUACAGCUGGCUCAACACCAGCAUCGUGCAGACUUUGUGGGCGGACCCCACAUGUGGAGACGGCUCGUGCGACCGCCCCUUCCAGUUCCCCGCGUUCGGCCGCUUUGGCUGCCAGGCGGACUGCGGCACGUUCCCCAACCUCACCUCCAUUGUCAUCAGAUUUUCCUCGCACCUCGACACACAGCAGGCCGUUGACGACUCCUCGUGGAACCUCUGCAUGGUCGGCCCGGUCUCCCUCUGCUGGUACGAGACAUACCAGCCGUUCCCACGAGGCGAUACGGAAGUAUCAGUGGCGGUGGACAUUCCGGACGGCGACUGGGUGGUGGUGCUCAACGCGCCCGCGGGGGGCAUCCGCGGCACCGUGCACGCGCCCCCUCCCGGCACACAGCGCCUCUCCGUCGUCGGCGCCGCCUCCACCGUCCAGCUUGUUGCCUGGGGGUCCUGCUCGCUCGAAGAUGGCCUUGCGUCCACCAAUCAGACGGAGCCAGGUGGCGGCGCUGCUGGUGCUUCGCCUGACAUCUGUCGUGAUACAUGUGAGAGGCUAGUGGCCUGCCUGCCAACAACAUGUGGGCGGGCAUUCACGGAGAGGGAGGUGGCAGGGGCGUUCGUGGACUGUGCGCGCAUGUGCAUCGUUGCACCUUCUACCAUCACCUCCUAUGCAAACGCUUCCUGCCCCACGCCGGACAUCGCAUCUUUGUUUGCCAACACCCCCUGCAACGUUUCAGACUCAGCAGUUCAUUCAUCUGGUGACAACCGUCGCAAGGCGCUCUACCGCUUCCACCACUCCCACAGCUAUCACCACUGGCCCGCCUCCACUGCCCCUGGCCCGCAUGACACCUCCUCCCUGCCUGCUGCUGAACGACUGACAGCCCUGCAGGUGGCGGUGUCGCGAGCGCUCUUCACAGUGACCAAGGAUCAGUGCCUAGCUGGGCACGGGCCGGGAGCAAACCGGAAGCACUCACAGGGAGGGCCGGGCAGCCUGCGGUGGAACAUGGUGGCGUGCUUUUGCACCAUGCUGGGGGGGCCUGUGACGACGAUGGAUGAGUGCCGCCUCACGGAUACGGCAGGGCAGCAGGUGGUGUCGAUUUCGGACAUGUAUGUGUACCUGCGCAGCACGCAUGUGAGGGGCGGGCGCGUGAUCUCAUCGCAGCACAUGCGGCGCUUCGUGCAGAUGGUGGGGGCAGCGUUGCGGUCCGUGACGCUCAUCUCAGAUGCGGCUGCGGCGCGCCUCAACACGCUCAUGCACUCCUUUGAUGAUGCCAUCGUCACCUCCGACGCUGUCGGCUGCUCGCAAGGUGCUCAUGGCUGGUGGUUUGGGCGAGGGAUGGGUAGGUGUAGGCACCUCAAUCAAACGAAUCAUUCUGACUGCCGCGGUUCCUUCUCCCCUUGCUGUCUCCCUCCAGGCGGAGCAUGGCUGCCAUGGCGCGCGGGUGUGAAGCACAACACGACCAUCCAUGUGGGCGACAAGGUCACCUGGGUGUGGGAUGACGACCUCCCGCACUCCCUCAAAGUGGCAGCAAUGGGUGAGGCAGAGGACCCGCUAUUUCUGGGCUUUGGGGGGCACCGACUGGUCGUGUCGCGCCAGCUGACAUGCACUCACAUGAACGUGGGCGCGGGGGACACUGUUGAAGAACCACAACCAUGCGUGCUGAGGAUGGACGAUGAGGCCCCCAGCUCCUUCGCGUACAGCAAGGUGUUUUACGAGCCGCUUACCAUUCACUACGAGGACGGCACUCUCUCGCUCGACGACUCCUCCUCCUCCUCUGAUGUGUCUCUUCUCACUGUGCUGCCUGCACGAGCAGGAGCUGAGGUUGCUGCAGGUGCUGUGAAUGCCUCUGAUAGCAGCACUCUCUUGGGCACCGCACAUUUCACAACCGCCAACACCACCACACCCUCCACCUCCUCCUCCGCCUCAGCAACGUACGAGUGCUCGCCGGGGUGUCGGCUGCAGCGGCUGGCGAACGGGGUGUGCGAUGCGGCGUGCAACACGCCCGCGUGCGCCUUUGACGGUGGUGACUGCGCGUGUGUCGACUCGCUCUUUGGCCCCGGCAUCUGCCCCUGCCCCCCCGGCCACACCCGCCGCAACGACGGCUCGUGCUGUCUAUCCACGGCGGUGGGCACGAAUCUCAACUUCCCCUUCUCACUGCAGCGCUACGGCCCCAACUACACCGAGAGCAACUUCGCCUUCGCGGCUGAGCGGGGCAUUGCUGUCAACCGCUACGUGUCUCGCCGCAAUCGUCUGCUGAUCGGCAUGGUGCUGCAGCAGGACCGGUGGGGCACGCAGCAGUGCAACGGAACGGGCCUGCUGCACCUGGCGGGGUGGUGCAGCAACGGCACAUCCUUGGAACCGUUUGGAGUGAACCCGCACUUCCUGCCCACAUCGGCCAUCUACGACAGCGCUGCCAGCGCCAACAUGAGCCAGCUCGACAACAACACCUUUGGUGUCAAGUUGCGCUUCAACCCGCAAGGCCUCCCCUACGGCUUCAUCUACCCCAUAGCCUCGCUCACAACGCUCCCCUUGGUGUUUGACAUCAAUCUUGACUACGAGGCGGCCAUGCGUCGUCUGCACUACCUGGUGGAUGGCAGCUACAUUGACAACGGCACUCGCACUGUGGACGUCAGCUUCAUUACUUUCAACGGCGACUCGCUCACGUUCGUGCUGACCACAGUGACCUGCAAGGUGAACGGGGGGGGCGCCAUGGCAGUGAGCUUCAAGUCACAGCCGGCAGCCAUGGCGAUGUACGAUGCAUCGGCGGACAACAUCGCACGGCUGGUGCUGGAGGUGAUCUACCUGGUGGGGCUGCUCUGGAAUGUGGCUGGCGAGCUGAAGGAGAUGGCCGACCGCGCUGCCAAGGAUGGCUAUGCAUUCAGCUACUUUGGCUGUUUCUGGAACUGGAUCGACAUGCUUUCCCUCACGCUGCAAGUGGCUGCGGUUGUUAUCUGGGUGGUGCUGUGGCGGUACGUGAGCACAUUUGACAUGCAGCCACGGUACGACAUCUACUACACGCUGCUCGAGAUGCCGCGCUACUGGGCCGUGCCCAACCCGCCCACCGGCUUCAUCAAGGCCACUCAGGCCUUCGCUGAUCUGCGCAACAUCAUCAACCUCCGUGCCGUCUACUUCGCCCUCCAGGGCAUCAAUCUCUUCUUUAUGAUGACGCGCCUGCUCAAGGUGAUGGACUUCCAGCCGUACCUUGGAGUCAUCACACGUUCCCUCAGCGUCGCCACGCCCUCUCUGCUGCACUUCUUCCUGCUCUCCUUUGCUGUCUUCUUUUGCUUCAGCAUGUAUGGCUACCUCGUCUUUGGAGGCGCACUUGAGAUGUUCUCCACAGUCCUAGAGUCAAUGUUCUCGUGCUUCCUGCUACUGCUCAACGACAACGGCUCAGCCUACUUCUUUCAGCGCCUGGAGUCGUGGGACCUGAUAGCGGCGAUGCUAUUCUUCUUCAUGUUCAUUGUCUUCAUGGUCUUCAUCCUCCUCAACUUCCUCAUCGCCAUCAUCGUCGAUGCCUUCAUGAGCGUCAAGGACAGCAACAUCGUUGCGACUUCCAUAGUCGCUGACCUUGCACACCUCUUCAAGUACAAGUGGAACUGCUGGCGCGGCCGCUACCUGCAUUACUCCUUCAUUCUUGAUCGCCUCGUGCAGCUGGGCGCAAAGGACACCCGCGUGGAGGAGGCGGACCGUCGGAUGCGCCGCAUGCAGUCGAUGAAGCGGCGCACGCGAGCCAUCUUCUCGGGCAGCUGCGAGAAGAACCAGUCCGCCUUCCCGCCUGACAGCGAGUCUUGGGUGCGGCGGCAGCACGUGCUGACAGUGAGGGAGAAGCGCAUUGACGCCAUCUCGCUCGCCAUGAUCCUGCAGCGACGGCAGGACAGGGAGCAAGGUGGGCCCUGCAAGGCUGAGCCGCCGUACAAGUGUUGGCCAAAGUCAGGGUCAAAUGCGGGAGUGGAGGAGGAGGAGCAGCUGGAGCAGCUGUCGCAGGCGGUGGUGCUGCAGUGCGGCGAGGUGGUGAAGCAGGCCGUCCUGCCCGUCAAGAAGAAUCAGAAGAAGCUCAGCCUGGUCCAUAUCAAGGCGGAUUUGGCGCGCAGUGAGGCAAAGGUGGAGCAGCUAAGCGCCAUGGUGGCUGACAUGCACGCACUCAUGCUCGACCUCCUCGCCCGCACGCCCCCCACGGGAAAUGCACCCCACGCACCGGGUGCUCCUGCUGUAGGGUUGUCAGCAGCGUCAAGCAUGCCGCGAGCCUAUACGGAGCCCUCUCGUCUCCCCAUGGCCCUCACAGACUCCCCACAGCCCCUGCAGCAAGCAGGAAACAGGAGGGAUGUGCCACGAGCGGUCAGCAAUGGCAGGGUAGGUGCGGGGGUAGUUGAGGGAGGGAAAGGAGUGGAGGACAGUAGUGCUGGUUUGAGUAUAGCAGCAGGGGGCUCGAGCAGAAUUCCGGUGCAGGCAUCACAACGAGUGUUGGUUAGGCGAGUGUCGUUCCAGGAUGCUAGAGAGGCGGGUGGGGAGAGGACAAAGGAGGGUUGGCAGCAGCAGCCCUUGGUGUAA